CGAAGUCCCAACCCACAACCUACCUCUUCAGUAUCUUCUCUGUCACGCAACAAUUUUGUUUUUGCCAAAAUUUAUUGACUUUGCCUCCACGUUUCUCUCCAACUCCCUCGCUCUCGUUCUGCUUAUUUAUACCUUCCAUCUCCUUUGUUUCCUUACCAUCGGCUUUGGAUUUACCCUAGUUACUCAGCUGGGUGAGCUCUCUAGGUUUUCAAAAGUAAUGUCAGUUACUAAGGAUAUUUCAAGGUUUUGGCCUGCAGAACACAAUGGAUCGCGGAUCUGCUGCAGAUUCCAGGCUUAUCAGAUCUGCUAGUGUUGUGGAGAGCGCAAGGGUUAGGAGGGCUUUGAGCAGAUGGAGGCCAGGGGAACGGGAGAUCGAUAUGUGGACAGAGCUGCUGCGCCAUGGUCCUGUGGAAGGCAAGAAAGUCUUCUACUGCUUCCAAAAUGGCGCUGGGCGAGAGAAACGGAAGAAAGAACCAGAGAGAUCCUCAGUAUUGAAGGGUGCAAAACUGAACUUCAUUAUUCCGCUCCAAGAGGUCAACUGACAAGAGCUCUGUACAGGAAGAAGAAGUGGAUCCCGGAUCUGGAGCAGGUAAACCAACCGGGUACAUAUUCCAGGCUAAUGAGAUCUGCUAUUGUCGUGGAGAGCGCAAGCUGUAGAUGGAAGCCAAUUGAAGCUCAAAAGAGGAGAUCCGUGUCCAUUUUCGCUAGUGGAAUGAGAAAUCCGUCUUUUGAGCAAAUAAACCGCAUUUCUGCAGAGCUGAAGCCUCAUGGUGUUGUGGAAGUUUAUAGUGGAGCUUGCAGGAAUUAUUUCCUUUGCAGUCCUGCAAGACUGUUUUCUCUUUUUGUGUAGUGUAGGGUUUCAUAAACAGAGUCUGAAUGAGGGCAUUCUAAAUAAGAAAAUGUAGUAGCACAUGGUCUAUAUUGCUGUGAUGCUACAAAAAUAAGAUACGUUUAGAGAUCAUGUACCACUGGCAUAGUUUAUAUAUAUAUAUAUGACAUUUUUAUUGAUUAUCUUUUCA